UGAGAGCGAGCUGCUUUAGGAGUAGAGCUCACCAUUAAACAUGGGUGGGAGAACCCCUCUUCUUGUCCUCACCUUUUCUCUUGCUGUUCUGAGCAUUAAGCUUGGGAUUUCUCAUGGCUGCCGAGAGACGGAGAGGAAAGCCCUCAUCGACUUCAAGCGUGGACUUCAUGAUCCUUCCAAUCGUCUCUCUUCCUGGGUCGGGGAGGACUGUUGUGCGUGGGAAGGUGUUGGCUGCAGCAACAUCUCUGGUCAUGUUAUCAAGCUGGAUCUUCGGAAUAGACGAAGAAUAGAUCUAUAUGAAGACUGCUCUCAUCAGGAGGUGUACGACAUGUUGGAUGAUGAUCCAGGAUGCAAAUGGGCAGUGCGUGGUGACAUAACUCCAUCACUGCGUUCUCUCCAACAACUUAAUCACCUGGACCUCAGCGGCAACUGUUUUACGCAUAAACCCAUCCCCAAGUUCUUUGGAGCUUUCAGAAGACUAACAUAUCUUAACCUCUCAGGUGCAGGAUUCGUGGGUAGAGUACCUGACCAGCUCGGAAAUCUAUCCACUUUGCAGCACCUCGACCUUUCUUAUAACUGCUAUGGGGAUGAUGAAGGUGAUGGCUUCUUCUGCUUGUACCUUGAGAACACGAGAUGGAUCUCUAUGCUCACUUCCCUUCGGCACCUUAACAUGAAUUGGGUCAAUUUGACAAAUGCAUCCAACUGGUUGCAAGAUUUGAACGUGCUACCACGUGUUCAAGAGAUUGAAUUAAGUUCUUGUGACUUAGGGACCUUUCCUCGUUCGUUGUCUCAUAUAAACUUCACAUUUCUCAUCACUCUUGAUUUACGAGGUAAUGAUAUAAACUCCACCAUACCAGAUUGGGUGUUCAAUAUUACUAGCCUCGAGUUCCUUUAUCUUGGUGGGAAUGACCUCUAUGGAUUCUUUCCUAAUUCUAUUGCGAAGUUGACAUCUCUCAGGGCACUCGACUUGUCUGGGAGUGUGUUCCAAGAUGGCUUCAUGCGAUUAGCUCCUAUAUCCAACCUCUGCAAGCUCCAAAUUCUCGAUCUAAGCUAUGUGCCUAUUAACGAUGUGCUUGCCAAUUUAAAAAUGGUUUUCUCUGGAUGUCUUAGGAAUAGCAUGGAGGAAUUGUACCUCGGAGGCACCCAACUGAAUGGUUCCUUUCCGGAUUGGUUAGGGAACAUCAAGAAUCUUAAAUCUCUUGAUCUUUCUUUCAACUCUAUCUAUGGAUCAGUGCCUGCAUCUAUCGGGAAUCUAUCAUCGCUGCAACAUUUGUAUUUAUAUUCCAAUGAGUUGAAGGGGACGAUUUCGAAAGGCAUCGGACAACUGAAGAGCCUUGUUGAUUUGGAUCUCUCCAAUAACUCGUUGAGCUUAUCGGAGGACGACCUUGCUAAUCUAUCGAGUUUGAAAUAUUUGGACAUUUCUUACAACUUCAUUGAAUUGAACAAAGCCGAUGACUGGAUCCCUUCUUUUCAGCUUCAAAGUCUCUUCAUGGAUUUCUGCCAAAUAGGGCCGACGCCCCAAUUUCCAAAUUGGCUCCGAACACAGACCACUCUUCGUCAACUAUAUUUGUCAAGUGCAGGUAUCAAAGACAUGUUUUUCGAUAGGCUUCCUUCUAGUCUUGAGUAUUUGGAUCUCUCCAAUAAUGAGAUCACUUAUGAUGCACAACAAUAUUUUCCAAAUCUAAUUAUGUUGGAUCUCAGAAAUAAUUCUUUAUCAGGACAUCUUCCUCCGAAAAUAUUAAACAUGAUGCCAAGACUCAAAUAUUUGUAUCUCUCCAACAACAAGAUUACUGGAGUAAAAGACAUGAUUCUCGAUGGGCAUCCUUCUAGUCUUGAGCAAUUGGAUCUUUCUUAUAACUCUCUCCAUGAAUCACAACUUGUAUCUCUUGGAAACCUCUCUAUGCUGCAAUCUUUGGAUUUAGGAUCCAACAAUUUGAAGGGGAUGCUUCCGGAAGGCAUCAAAUGGUUGAAGGGCCUCGUCCAAUUGGAUCUCUACGAUAACUCAUUGAGAUUAUCGGAGGACGACCUUGCUAAUCUACCAACUUGA